CUCUUCCUCACACGUGAGCAGACUGGAAAAUGGCAGCGCGCUUAGGCAAGCGUGCUAAGAGGACUCGGGGAGCUGACGGAGAAUCGGUGCGGAAGGAGCUGAACUCGAAGCUCGGGGAGGUGCUGCAGAGCCGGGCCAAUGCUAAUUCCGUGUUCGAUAUCUUGGAAUAUUUAGAGUCAGAAAAUGAUGGCGAUGUUCAAGCGGCAAUCCGAACUUGUUCUAAACUUUUUGAGUCUUUGCUGGAGAAAGGAGAGCUUUAUGUUGGGGACCUUCCAUCUGAAGAUGAACAUCUUCCAGAUUCCAUGGGUGCAGAGCAGAAGUACAAGAUAUGGAUGAGGCACCGCUACAAAAGCUGCGUGUCCUGUUUGGUGGACCUACUACAUCACAAUUCUUUCCAGCUUCAGGAACUGGCAUUGUGCAUGCUUAUGAAGUUUAUUGUGCUAGAAGGGAAAUUCCCUUUGGAGGCUGCCAAAUGGAAAGAUGGUUACCGAUUCCCACAUCCACUGUUAAAAUUGGUUGUGGCUGGCUUACUACCAGAAGACAAAGAUUUGUCCACUUUAAUAACAAGAUUUCAAGAAUAUCUGGAAUAUGAUGAUGUCCGAUAUUACACCAUGUCUUGGAUUAAUGAAAACAUUGCACAAGUUCAUAAGAAUACCAAAGAACCCCUCACUGCUGCAUUCCAGAACAAUGUCUUUGGCCUGCUCUCAUCCAUUAAUAUGCCUGUAGAUAAUGAAUUAUCAAAUUUCCUGGUAGUACAGAAAGAGAAAUGUGAGGACUGGAAGCCAGCAAAAUUAAAGGAACAUAAGAGGAUGUUUGAGAAAGUAUGGAUGAACUUUCUGAAGAAUAAACUUGCUGUAAGUCUGUAUAAGAAAGUGCUUUUGAUCCUGCAUGAAUCCAUAUUGCCUCACAUGAGCAAGCCCACAUUGAUGAUUGAUUUCCUUACUGCGGCCUAUGAUAUUGGUGGAGCUAUAAGCCUUCUGGCCCUUAACGGACUAUUUCUUCUAAUUCAUCAGCAUAACCUGGAGUACCCAGAUUUCUACAAAAAGCUUUAUUCUCUCUUGGACCCCUCUGUGUUUCAUGUGAAAUAUCGAGCCAGGUUCUUCCACUUAGCCAACUUGUUUCUGUCUUCCACACAUUUACCUGUGUACCUUGUUGCUGCUUUUGCCAAGCGUCUGUCACGACUGUCUCUGACUGCCCCUCCACAAGUAUUGUUGAUGAUCAUCCCAUUCAUCUGUAACCUGAUCCGAAGGCAUCCAGCUUGCCGACCUCUCAUCCAUCGGCCCAUGGCAUCAGGGGAUUUGAUAUCCGAUCCAUUCAUCAUGGAGGAGCAGGAUCCAGCAAAGAGUCAAGCUUUAGAGAGCUCUCUCUGGGAGCUGGAGGCUCUGCAGAAUCAUUAUUACCCGGAUGUUGUGAGAGGUGCCAAUGUCAUUAGUCGUGCCUUGUCCUCACAAGAAAGUGAAAUCUCCGAGCUACUUGAGUUCUCUUCCUAUGAGCUAUUCGAGAAACAGAUGAAGAAAAGAUUUGGGUCGGUGCCACUGGAAUUUGAACCUGUUCGAGGAAUUUUAGGCAGAAAACAAGAUAUCACGGCUGAACACUUUUCUUUAUAAAGUGGAAUUCUGGGCAAAAAUGAGAACAUGAAUCAUAUUAUGUGUGUGUGCCU